GUUUGUUAAGUGUGUGUGAGAGAGAGAGAAAUGGCCGCGAGCACGACUAGUUUCGCAGUCCCAUCCUUCCAUCUCCGUAUUUGUACGGUUUGCCCCUGGCCCCCGCCGCGGCUUCCGUCGCCGCCUUCUCGCUAUCAGACCGGAAGAGGAGCAGCAGGAAGGUUGCGUCGCUGCUGCUUCCAGCCGGAGAAAGCGGAGUGGCGGUUCGAUCCGAAGAGAAAUGCUGUAGGUGGCGCUCGGAGAUCUCGAACGGAGGCAUUUCCUUCUCUCUUUUUCUCCCCCUCCCGCUUCAAAAAGCUCUCUAAACAAGAUUUCUCUUCUCAUUGCUGCCCUAAGAAUUCUCCUCCUGAAUCACGUGAUACUCCACCACAAAGAGAUACUGGUAUUGCUAGUGAGAAGGAAUGGGGCAUCAACUUACUAGAUGAAAAGGUUAGUGAGUCUGGCCAAAAUGAAUAUGGGAGUACAUGGUAUCGGGAUAGUGGUGAAGAGCUAGGAGAAAAUGGAUUCAGGUGUCAUUGGGCUAAGAUGGGAGGUAAAUCACCAGAUGGAAAAUCAGUAUGGCAAGAAAUGUGGUGGGAGAAGAGUGAUUGGACUGGAUAUAAAGAGCUAGGUGCAGAAAAAUCUGGAGAAAAUGACAAAGGAGAUUCUUGGUGGGAAACAUGGAAAGAAAUUCUUUAUCAAGAUGAGUGGAGUAAUCUAGCAAGGAUAGAAAGGAGCGCACAAAAGCAAGCAAAAUCAGGCAUAGAUGAUGCUGGAUGGUAUGAGAAAUGGUGGGAAAAGUAUGAUGCAAAAGGUUGGACAGAAAAAGGAGCUCAUAAAUAUGGAAGGUUAAAUGAGCAAUCCUGGUGGGAGAAGUGGGGAGAACAUUAUGAUGGGAGAGGAUUUGUGCUUAAAUGGACCGACAAAUGGGCAGAGACACAGAUGGGUACCAGAUGGGGCGAUAAGUGGGGAGACAAAUUUUUUGAAGGGAUAGGUUCUCGGCAAGGUGAAACAUGGCAUGUGUCUCCUGCUGGUGAACGUUGGUCAAGAACCUGGGGGGAAGAACAUUUUGGGAAUGGGAAAGUACACAAGUAUGGAAAAAGCACUGCAGGAGAAAGCUGGGACAUCAUUGUGGAUGAAGAAACCUAUUACGAGGCCAUGCCUCAUUAUGGAUGGGCAGAAGUUGUUGGUGAUUCUACCCAAUUGUUAUCAAUUCAACCUCGUCAGAAGCACCCAAGUGUACAUCCUAAUGUCGAAUUUGAUGCAUCAGAGGAAGAUACUCCUCCAGAUGAAACCGGUGACAGUGACUAGGUUUUUGUCAGCACUCUUUUAGCUGAAGGAUUAUGCGGAUUCCAAUUUUCAGGGAAAAUUGAUAGAGGAUGGGAUUCCUUGGGGAGACUAUUAAAAUUGUGGUCGUGGCUCCUCUCUAUGGAAUUGAAGGAAAUCUUAUUUUUAAGUGGAGCUCGACUUCAAUUGUCAUCAAGAAAUCACAUAGAAUCAACAAAAAAAAACACAAACCAACACAUUGGUAGCUGCUCACAGCUUCUUUUGGUGUAAAAUAUGCUGAUUUCUCACAGCAUGUUUAUCUAAAACCUCUCUUGCUUAUGCUCAAUUAUACCAUAUCCUGAUUCACCAUCGUAAACUACUUGACUAGUACAUACGCUGGUAACUAUUAUUAUCACCAGUGUGACUGAGACUACGAAAGGCAUACAGUUUGUGUGAGAUCUUUCCACUA